UUAGAGUCAAUUUGAGCGCCAUUCGCGCCAAAGUAAAAGUUCAAAACACGUUUUACAAACAGCAGACAAAUGGGUAUCSGUGCUGCUACAUUCCCUGUUGUAUUUGGUGGUGCUUUAGCUCUUAUAACUCUUGCUUUUUACAACAGACACCGAUUUGUAACGAAGCCCGAAGAACAGCUACAUCGCUUGGACAAGAGCCAACAGCAAACUAAAGAUUUUCAACUCAAGAUGAAAAAUAGCAUUGAAGAAAGAAAGUCUGAGAAGUAGCUCGUGUUAGCUUUUGUUUGUUGUUGGGAACUGCUUGGAACGCUUGGGUGUUUAUUGUCGUUAUAAUACAGAAAAGACCAUCGUGAAUGGUUAUUUAAAGCUAUAAAAUAUUAGAAAGUCUUAUCUUGUACCAAGUUCUUGAUUCUCAUAUCCUGUAGGUCUAGUCUGUGUCGUAAAUGAGUAAUUUUUUUAAGGGAGUAAAGUUUUUAUACCGUCAUUCAAGUUUGGCUUAUAAAUGCGGUGCUGAUAAUUGCUGUACAUAAACUGUGGAACACUAGCUAUGCAUAAAACUCCAAGUAGAUGAAGCGAAAACUUACCAAAUCCAAAGCACCUUUAUCAAGAAGAAAGGUACAAGAUCAAGGUACUGGCCAAGAUGACAGUGAAUGGAAUGCUAGAUUUGGGAAUGAUGCAGUAGAGGUUACUAGACCUGCUGUAAGCCCAAAGUCAAAGUGUUAUUGCAAAACACGUUAUGUAAAAAGGACACAUAGUGCGGCAGCUUGGUCUAGUAAUGAUGACCAAAGCCAAACAUCAGCCUUUGAUUACAAUACUGAUGAAGAUACUGCUAAAGAUAUAGAAACACAUUUAGGAGUUAAAAGAAAAAGAGGGUCUAGCAAGGAUGAGGAGUUGACAAGUUUAGUCACUAGCAGGUAUAAGAGGUCACAACAGGCUUUAAAUCUUAUUAAGAAAUCAGAUGAAAAACAAAAGAAAAAUGGAAAGAAAAGGAAAGGAAGGAAAACUAAAUCCAGCACAUCUAGUGAUGAAGAAGACUUUGAUCAGCCCGUUAAAAAGUCUACACGCUUGCUUGUAACUGAUAUUCAACUUGUUAAAUUGACCUCAACCACGACUCAAGGGAAGAGCAAAAAAGCCUUAUUGAAUUUAAAAAAGAAUAAAAGAAAUGCUGGAAAAGAUGAUCAACAUAGUGAAGAAAGUAAUGUCGAUAACAGUGCUAGUGAGUCAGGCACUGUUGAUCAGAAGAAGUAUUCAUCAUCUCUAGAUGAUGUUGAUGGUGAUGAUGAGAGAGAUGAUGACCGUGAAGAUGAUUAUGAUAAAAAAGAUGACAUUCACAGCACUGAGCAUCAUAAUAAAAGGGUAACAAGACUUGAAAAUGAAUCUGAAAGACUUGAAAUAGAAUCUGAACAAAUCAGAAAAGAAAAUACAGUAGGAGAUUAUUCGAAAUCUCUAAUUAAGUGUCCAGUAUGUAGUAAAGUAUUUUAUGAGUUUAUGGAACAAGAACUCAAUGAGCAUGUCAAUAGCUGCCUUGAUAGCAAAGAUACUUCUACAACAGAAACUAAAAUUCCAGAAAAUAACCCCAAAAGCUCUCUGAGCAUUCUACAAGACCAGUUGGUAGCUUUUGAAUACCAGAGAAAGGAAGUCGAGGGAUGUGAAGAUGAAAUUGGUGGGGAGAAUGGGCUUUUCUUUUGCCAGAUAUGCCAGAAAGACUUAUCCAAGAUGAACUCACAGCGCAGACAGCAACAUAUAAAUAAGUGCUGUGAUCAAAUGGAAAAAGAAACAGAAGGGGAAAAAGUGCAAGAAGAGAGAAAAGAUGAUGUCAAAAAAAAUACAUUAACCUGUCCAUUCUGUACUCAGGAAUUCAAAUCUAGAAAGUCUUGGCAGCCCCACCUGAAGAAGUGUGCACAAAAAUAUAAUGUUCCAGUAAAUCAACUGCUUGAGAUUGUAAAGCAACAGGAUCAGCACCAGCAAGAGGGAARAACAGAAGCUAGGCCAAGUGAAGAUCAAAAAAAGAAAACCGGCCAGACAAGAAAGAAACGUAAAGAUGGUCAAGAUUUAAGGGAUGUUGAUGAAGAAACACAGUUUGCCAUGGCCUUGUCUGCAUCCAUGGCACCACCACCACCUCCUCCAGGAAAUGAUGAGAGAAAACCAAAAAGAAAAAGAAAAAAGGAUAAUGAAGUGAUUCCAGCUCUGUUGUUGAGGAGUAAAGAAGAAACACAGAAUGUCAUUGCAGCAAGAGCAGCUCAAGUAGUUUGCACCAAGGAUUAUGAUUCUGAUGAAGAGAGCAUAUCUUGCACUCCAGCACUUGCACCCAGUUCCUUGGCUGAACAGUUCCUCAAAGUAGAACAAGCCAAUGCCAAGCAGAUUGUCAACAAAACCCCAAAUGACAAGGCGACAGAAGAAACUAAAGGUGCUCUUACAGAGAAUCCUAAUCAAGAUAAAGAAGAGCUAGCAGUAGAAGGGGACUCUGACACAUCAAACAAACUAGACUCCACCAGAUUUGGAGACACAACUGUCAUAUUGCUCUCUGACAUGUUAGCCAGUCCAGAUAUGUGCAGAUCUUUUCUAAGUUUCCUUGAUGUUUCUGAUGAAGAAGCUUCAACAACAGAAAUAAAGACAGAGCUGCCAGCCACAAAUGUAAUGGUUGGUGGCUCUGCUUCUCUGUGGUCCAUGGCAUCUUUAGAAAAUAAAGAAUCCUCUAUCAAUGAUUUCUAUGUGCCAGGGCUGUUACCAGUGCCAUCACCAAAACGACCCAAGAAAACACCCAGAAAAUCCUCCAAUACCAGCCAACAGAAAGAGUCUGUACGUGAAGAGACACAUGAAGGGCUGGUUAGAAAUGCCGCAAAGAUAAGUGAGGACAUGUGUGAAGAUAAGGAUGAAGGGACCUUGGGCAAAAAUAAUAAAACGAUGUCAGAAUCUGAACUAACGUCAGCAUCACAAGCUGCUAAUUUGGAUAUCUUACUGGAGUUAGUUAACAGUGAUGGUGAUGAUGAUGAUUGUGAUGAAUCUCAAGAGCCACCAAGAAAGAGCUCUGUUGAUCAUGAUCAAGAUGAUGAUGAGGUCUUCCCUUCAAGUGGGUUUUGUCUACCAGUUGGCCCAAAUAAUCAGACAGAUAAGGCAGACCACAGUGUUCCCUCGUCUUUAUCAGUGUUUCUUCAAGACAUGUCUAAGAUGGUGGGCAAUGAGAUGCUCAGUGACGUUAUGAUCAUAACCAAGGGCAACCAAAGUAUUCCAGGUCAUUCAUUCAUGUUAGCUGCAAGAUCAGAGGUAUUGGCAAAUAUGAUAARUGAAGCCCGGCUCGUUGCUGAUGGACAGCAAUCAACAGAUAAACCUGUACAUUUAUCAUUCAGUGAUGUAGAAGCAGACGAAAUGCGUUGCAUAUUACUGUAUAUCUACACAGCAUCAGUUAAUGUACCUCAGUCCUGUAUAGACGAUGUCAUUGGUGUAGCUGAUAGAUUGGAGCUUUUUGAGCUGGUAAAGGCUUGCCAGGAUUCCAGAACCAUCCACCAAGACCAGAAAGAAAAAUAUGGAAGUGAAGAUGAAGAGGAAGACGCUGUCAGAUGUUCUUUAUCGGCAGAAGAACUUUUGGAUGCCAUAUGGCAAGACAAGACAGCAGAUAUGGAAGCCAAACAAAACAAUCAGGACGAGAGUCAAGAAGAAUGGAGUAAAGGGUUUGAUGAUGAGGAUAUUGAAGAGGUGAGAAUAUUCCAAACACAAGCUGUUCGUAAGAGAACUUGUAGUGAAGACACUCUUCAAGAAGGAAUUCAUAAUUUGGAUGACAAAAACGAAGAAUUGGAAACUGAAGUCGUGGAAACUUUGAAUCUUACUUUAACUGAGGGUGUUAAUUCAGAUGGCAAGUCGCUGGUAAUGGAAGUUAAUGAUCGAAUCAGUGAAGGACGAGAUUCAGAACAAAAUCAAACGAACUUUGUUGAAGAAUGUAAAGAAGAGAUAAAAGUACCCAAAGCRACAAAAGCAUUGGAUGGGGAAGUGAUUAAUUUGAAGACAGCAGAAUUGAGAAGUUGUUUAGAAGAAAAAGAAAGUGAAAAUUGGGUAGCAAAAAAGCGCAAACAUGAGAAAGACGAAGUUGUUUAUGUAUACAGCAAAGGUGUUUGUGAUGAUAAUAGACGUGAUGGCAGCUAUGAUGUUCAAGAGCAUGACUUUGGAAAGCGUGACACUUAUGAUAAACGAGAGCGUGACUUUGGAAAGGGUGACACUUAUAAUGAUCAAAACCAUGACUUUGGAAAGUGUGACACUCAUGAUCGAGAGCGUGACUUUGGAAAUCGUGUCAGUUGUGAUGGUCAAGAGCGUGACUUAAGUUGCAGUGAUCAAUCUAAACUACAGUCAGAAGAAUGCGACAAGCUAAAUCAGAAACAGAAAAGCCCCGCGAGUGACAUUCAAAUAACUGACAUCAUAAGCUAUGAUGUGUAUGAUGACAAUGAUAAGCAUGGUGGAGGUGACGACGACAAUGAUGAUCAAUGUCAUGGACUAAGCCCAAGCCAUGGUGGGGGCAGUAAAGUUGAUUUGACUGAAGAUGAUGACAAUGAUAACCAUGGUGGAGGUGACGAUGAUGAUGAUGAUCAAUGUCAUGGACUAAGCCCAAGCCAUGUAAGUAACUUGGAUCAUCGUGGUGGGGGCAGUAAAGUUGAUUUGACUGAAGAUGAUGACAAUGAUAAGCAUGGCGGAGGUGACGAUGAUGAUGAUCAAAACAAUGGAUCAAGACAUGAAAAUGACACGAAUCAAACCAGUGUGAAAUUUAAAGUUGAUUUGACUGAAGAUGAUGACGAUGAGCAUGAAGAUGGAGGAAGAGAAACGACACGGUUAAGGGAUCAAACUUUCAGUCGACCAGAAGAUGAUGAACACGAAAGUAUUGACGAGGAUGAUGAUGAUGAUGAUGAUGAUAAAGGAAGAGAAACCGCACGGGUAACGGAUCAAACUGUCAAGCGACCAGAAGGUGAUAAAUGCAAAAGCAUUGACGAGGAAUGCGAUGAGCAUGACAAGUACAGGAGUAUUGAAGAAGAGAGCGAAGAAGAAGAAUAUGGUGAUGGUGAUAUUGCAAUACUCAACCAGUCUAUCAGCUUGUUAAGUGAUGACAAUGAUUGCGAAUCCUCAGAAAAAGUACUUGACCACGCCUUGGUUAUCCCAGAGACGCCUCACCAAAAGAAAAGACAGCGAUCACCAGAAGACAAUCAGAAUCACAAGCGUUCCUUGCAAGCAUCCAAACACCAAUCAGAUCCUUCCUUCUCCCAUUCACCACGACCCAAUUAUACCUCUUGUGACUUGUCCAAUGAGGAUGAACAAGACGAUAUGAAUGAAAAUGAUAAUGUAAACGAAGGUGAGAAUGACAAUGAAAAGGACCAUGUGAGUAAAGAUGAAGAGGCAUUCCUAGGGAAACUAAAAUCUACAAUAGAUGCUAAAGCUAAAAAUGCUGGAAAAGACAAAAAGAAACGCAAAGGAAAAGAGCAACGACAAGAAAAGGAGAAGCUAUCUAAAAAUCGUUCAACAAAUAAAGAUACAACAGACACGCGUAAGGAGUUAGAAUGUUCCAGUACUUCAAAGCAUUCCAUGAGCUCCCGUUCGCCAAAAGUGGCUAAAUCAAAAAAUGACACUCGUGUAGUUGAUUUAUCAAUUGACAAUGAAUUUGAGGAUUUAAUACAUGAAAGUGCUUCAAGCCACGUCAUAGAAGAUGAAGAUGAUGAUUUCGAAGGAAAUACUUCAGGAAGAGAUAACAGAGGAUCCGACAACGACGAGACAGAAUCUUGUUCAUCUCUCUCACCACCGAGGAUGCUUUCACCACGAGUUCCUUCACCAUGUUACUCAGAUUUUGACCAUGAGGUGCCGUCGCCAGCUGUCUCUCCUGUUCAUUUAGAUGUUGGUGUUGUAGAAUCGACUUCAUACAUAGAUGUCAAUCAUUCUUCUGUAGCCACAACCCCUGUUCGGCGACUUUCUACGGAUCUGCAUGGGGAGAGAGGUCYUAAGGAUUUGCAAGCAGAGGAAAGCACGAGGGAGAGACGGGUAUCUAGGGACUCGCACUUUCAUCAAGAAGCCAUUGAUAGUGACCAGGAUAGUGAAAACAGCGAUGUUGUUGCAUUACUGCCUGUGCCAACAGCAUAUAACGGUGGUGAGACUGAAGUCGGAGAAAAUAAAACAAAUAAAGUCGUGGAAGCCGAUAAGGAUACGAAUAGGACGGGUUGCAAGACAUCAUUUACAGGUGUAACUGGGGCCAUUAAUACAAAAACCAGUUUGUUUAAACAACUAGGAGCUGCUAAAUACGGACUUGAAAGCAAUGACACAGAAGUGUCAAGCGAUGUUGAGAGUGAUGUUAGUGGUUUAGAUGAUACUCCAAGACGACACCCGGGGAAUAGUCAGACAAAAUGCCAACAAUUAACCUCUACUCCUCCUAUCCCAGAUCAGAAUGACUUUUACGAUGAUGGGGGGUUCAACUGCGAUGUAGAUGACUUUGGAACCUGUUUAGACGGUGAUGAUAGCUUUAUGGCCCAUGCUGCUGAACAGAUAGAACUAAACGAAAAACAAGAUAAACUGGUCAUACAUGAAAAACCUGAUUAUCAAGUAGGACAAGGUAAGCCUCGUACGCCUGCACAUAUCCAGAGGUUAGUAGCGGUAACACCAAGGAACAGUAGAGCUCAAGAUACUUCUGCUGAUUCACCCAUUACUCCAAUGCCGGAUUACGAUAAUAUGACCACGCCAGAUCUAAAGGUAAUCUAUGUGUUAGAAAUAUGAAACACGAUGCAUGCCAGAAAUUGUAAGCGAGUCAAUAGAUAAGGAUAACGGGAGAAGUUAUCCGGCAGGGCCUGGUUGUGCGAAGGGUGGAUAGCGCUCUCCGUCRGAUAAAYCCUUAUCCACUGAAUAAGUCGAUGCUGUUAACCAAAAAUUUACCCACUGAAUUAAAAUUUAUCCGUCGAAUAGCGCUAUCCACCCUUCGUAUAACCGGGCCCAGAUUUUUAUUACACCUUCCUUUAAUGUAUCUAUUGUAUAAUUUCACUUAAUUUUAUUACGCCUCUCUUUUUAAAGAAAAUAAAAAAUAUAUAAAAAUA